CUCGUUGGGCCUCGUCCCUUCAGGUAAUGGAGUGUUUACAUCCAAAAGUGCCUGAUGCAGGCUCCUGUGCAUUCCGUGCAGUUGAAUUAUGAAGUAUGGAAGACAAGUGCCGUAUACUGGAAAUGCGUGGCCGGUCUAGACGCCGGCUAAACGUCAGUUCUCCUAAGCAGUCCACGACUGAAUGUGAAUCGAUGCCAUCAACCUCAUCACACAAUGCAGAUUUGUCUGCAAAGCCUGACUUAAAUUUACCAGUCAGAAAUGGUCGAGGAGUAUCCAGCAUGCUUGAUAGGAGAUUAACCAGAAGUGCAUCUAAAAGAUGGCUGAAAAUCUAUGAGUCUAAUGCACCAAACCUUCAGGAUGGAGUUACGUCAACUUCCCAUAGCAGCAUGCUGCCUCCCCCUCAACCUGUUCCCAGUUCAUCCCGACCAUCAGCUAGUGGAGUGAUAACUCGGUUAAGAAACCGAACACUAGGUAACAUGGUAGGCCAUGAUGUCAAUAAGAUGUCGCAGAGCUUCUACCAAAGACUGUCUUUUGAUCAAAUUAGCAAUACAAGUGACUAUGGCACUGCCUCAGAACAUUCCCGCAAGUGCUCUGUGGCUUCAGGUGGUAUGUCUCCUGUUAGUGACUCUGGAAACAGCUGCCACUGUGCUUCUAUUAGUGGUAUAGAAAGUCUUGGAAGCUCUAGUGAAGAUGACACACCACCACAGAUCAGUGAGUUGGAAUGGAAUAUUGACAAGCCAUGGAACAAUGGUGACUGUGUUUUACCUAAACCUCAAGUCACUGCUUAUGGAGUGGAUGGUGUUACUGCCUUCAUACCUGAUCAAAACAAAUCACUAUUUAAUGGUGAUUUCAAGGUGACCAUACGGAGCAAUGGCAGCGAGAAUAAUAUGUACAGACCACCAUCUUGCUCUAGUCUUAGAGUUCACCAUAUAAGCCCGGUCGUUUCAAUGGAACCCCAUGGAGUACAGUUUCAUGAGGAUUUUCCUGUGAUUUUGGUGAUUCCUUUGAGCAUUGAGCCAUCUGAUGAAGAAUGGAUAUCGUGUUUGUAUAGCAACACUGAAGUAGGAUCUCAUCCACAAUGGGAGCGUUUGCCUAGAAAGGAUUACUGUUAUAGGAAUGGGCAUGUGGUUGUAACAACAAAUCACUUCAGUCUUUUUACCGUAAUUGUGGAGGAACCAUAUCCAGAGGUAUUGAAAAGAAUUCGACGGCGCACAGGGGGCUUACUUCAGAUACACGAGGUCCCUGGAGUUGCGGUUGAAUUUCCCUUUGGUUCUCUUGAUGAAGAUCUGGAUGCAUAUCUGCGAGUACUGUACAACCAUGAACCAAUGUUAAAUUCAGGAGAGGGAGAUGAAGAAGUUUAUGGUGCCUUGGCCUCUCCUGUUAUCAUGCUUGGCCCUCAUGGUCAUGCUUUUGACACAAGGAGGCGACCAGUUCGGAUAAAAUUGCCAAUUCCACAUUACCAUGAAAUUCGGGAAAAGUUCAAGAAAAAAUUUGAUCAAAAUAUUGGGCUUUCAGUGUGGCAGAGCUCUACUGAAGAAGGCGAACCUACUGCCUGGCAGCGUCUUGAGCCAGCAAGUUUGCAGAUUGAACCACCUGUCCCAGGUGUUAAUGUUGUUGUGGUCUCCUUUGCUGUACAUCACUUUUCAUUUUUCAAAGUUGUGUGGGAUCUCUUGUCUACAUCUCUCACUGAGGCCAAAAUGGGAAUGUCAUACUUUUAUCCUUACAUAUCAUUUUCAAUGAUGUGUCAGGCAUUUAUGGAGGAAAGUAAAGAGGCAAAAGGUGAACCUCGGUUUGGUUUGGAAGUCAUUUGUUACAGAUCGGACAAGAGACUACCUGAGCAAACUAAUUACAGGCAUCGGGUUGGAGCCAGCACUAAACCAAAACUUGUACGGCCUGGACGUAUAUUAGUUAGACUGAAAUCCCAAAUGUUUGAAGCUGAUGUAGAUGCAGGUGAAGAUGCUGCUAUGUCUAAAGAGGAGCCUGACUUCAGAGGGAGAGACUUUGAAAAACAAUAUGCCUGCAGAUUUAAACAAAAUGUUAAUGUGGAAAGUGGAACGUUUGGUAAGGUGAUUGUUGAAAGGAUAGCACCUGGUAAAAAUGAUCCCCUCUUUGAAUUUAAUUUAAACAAGUCUGAUGCUGCUCAUGAAGUUUUACAACCAAUGGGGAGUGAGCGGUGGACUGCCUUCGCCAUGAAAGAAUUAGCCUCUACACUUCAGAUUACUGAGGGUAACAACUGGAAGAGAUUUGCCCAACACAUUGGUUUCACUAAAAGUGAAAUCAAAAGCAAAUUUCAGUUUUCUUCUGAUCCAUUCCUUGCUAUAAUGAAUUUAUAUGGAUCACGAGGAGGAACACCUGAAGAGUUCAUGCAAGCUUUAUAUGCUGUAUCAAGGGAUCUCAACCUCAGUGGAGGCAUGUCUGCAUCAUUUAGUGAUGUUGCCAGUUCUAGUCAUUCCAGCAAUGGAUCAAAGGGAUCAGGAAGCAGGGAUUCAGGUUCAAGACAUUCAAGAGGUAGUGGAAACAGAUUUGGUGGCCUCUGGGGUUACCGUCCAUGGGGUCAAGUCAAUAAUGAUUCUGAUUCAGAUUCUAUGCCUAAUGAUGCAAGAGAAGGAUCACGGAAGAGGUCUCACCCUAGUCUAGAGAAAAAAAAUAGCGGUGCGAGCAGCUCUGCUAAAAGGCGAAAGUUUUCUGAUGUCUCUGAAACUGUCUCUUCAGGAAGUGAGAGAGAGAAUGAUGAAGACAGUGACCAAGAGGCAGAAAAAUCAAACAACAAACACAUAGGAAAUAAACGGCGUCUAACUGAUAAAGACAUGUGGAGAAUAUCAAAGGGUAUUGCACGGAAAGAUUGGCGUUUCCUUGGCAGAUCAUUGGGCAUAGAAGAGCGAGCUCUUAUAGAUUUGGAGCAUCAGUAUCAACCUGUAGGAUUUAGAGAAUGCGCAUAUCAAAUGUUGCUGGAAUGGAAGGGAUGCAAGCCUCGUAAAUGUACAUUUGGUAACUUAUAUGCUGCUCUCAUACGAGAAAAUAUGGUGGAGAUAGCCAAGCACAUGGUGAAGAUAUUACCCGAUGCUGAGGAGGAAGCACGUGAGCGAGACUUCAAUGACUAAAAUAUCUCCGUUAUUUUAAUGUUUUAGAUAUGUAUCUAAUUUAAUCUGUUUGUAAAAAGUAUGACAAUGAUAUUUUUAUGGUUAUUUUGAGUUUUGUUGACAGUUUUGUUUUGUGUUAUUAAAAAAGCCUUGUCAUAGCUUUUUUAAAGUUA